AUUCGUCAUAUGUGUGCGACCGCCGGCAAGAGGGGGCUGAGGGGUCGCAGCGAGCGCAGGCCGGCGGCAUGGCAGCGGCGCGCUACCUCCGGCUGUGGCGCUGCUGGCGGCCGGGGCUGCUCGGGGGCCUCGCCCCGCUGGCUCCGGCUCGUCGGCGGGUGUACGCGGCUCGCUCCGCCGCCGCCUCCCCGUGGGCUCCGCGGGGCCCGGCCCCGUCUCCAGCUCCCCUGGCCGGUCUCGGCGUCGGCCCCCGGCGACACCUGCGUGGCCCGGGCAGCCUGGGCGGCGGGGACGAGCUCGCGGGCGGCGGAGCCGAGGAUGGGGGCGGUAGUGGAGCCGAUCCCGCCGGGGCCCCCCCGGCCAUGACGGCGCUGACCCCGCUGCUCAUCCCGGAGCGCUUCCCCGACGUGCCGCUCAUCGCCGUGACGCGCAACCCCGUCUUCCCGCGCUUCAUCAAGAUCCUCGAGGUGAAAAAUAAGAAGCUAGUGGAGCUGCUGAGGAGAAAAGUUCGCCUUGCCCAGCCUUAUGCUGGUGUCUUUUUGAAGAAAGAUGACAACAAUGAAUCUGACGUGGUGGAAAACCUGAAUGAAAUCUACCAGACAGGAACUUUUGUCCAGAUCCAUGAAAUGCAGGACCUUGGAGACAAGCUGCGCAUGAUUGUCAUGGGGCACCGAAGAAUUCGUAUAAACAAGCAACUAGAGGUUGAGCCUGAGGAAUCUGAGUCUGAGAACAAACACAAAGCAAGAAGGAAGCUGAAGCGCUCCAAGAGAGAGGCUGAAGAAGAGGAGGGACCAAAGGACCAAACUGUGGAGCUGGUGCUAGAACCUGUGGCUGCCUCACCAGAAGAAGUGCUCAUGGUAGAAGUGGACAAUGUUGUCCAUGAAGAUUUUCAGAUCACAGAAGAAGUUAAAGCGCUUACUGCAGAAAUUGUCAAAACAAUCCGGGACAUCAUUGCCUUGAACCCUCUCUACAGAGAGUCUGUGCUUCAGAUGAUGCAGGCAGGGCAACGAGUGGUAGAUAAUCCAAUCUAUCUGAGUGACAUGGGUGCAGCGUUAACAGGGGCAGAGUCGCACGAGCUGCAGGAUAUCCUGGAAGAAACCAAUAUUCCCAAACGGCUUUAUAAGGCCCUCUCUCUCCUGAAGAAAGAGUAUGAGCUGAGUAAACUCCAGCAGCGUCUUGGACGGGAGGUUGAGGAGAAGAUCAAGCAGACUCAUCGCAAGUAUCUUCUCCAAGAGCAACUGAAGAUUAUCAAGAAAGAGCUAGGCCUAGAGAAGGAGGACAAAGAUGCCAUAGAGGAGAAAUUCCGAGAGCGGCUCAAGGAUCUGGUAGUGCCAAAACAUGUCAUGGAAGUGAUUGAUGAAGAGCUGAACAAACUUGGUUUGCUGGACAAUCACUCCUCAGAAUUCAAUGUUACCCGGAACUACUUGGAUUGGCUGACAUCCAUCCCAUGGGGUAAAUGCAGCGAGGAGAACCUGGAGCUAACCAGAGCUCAGGCAGUUCUGGAGGAGGAUCACUAUGGAAUGGAUGACGUCAAGAAGCGAAUUCUGGAAUUCAUAGCAGUCAGCCAACUGCGAGGAUCAACCCAAGGGAAGAUUCUUUGUUUUUAUGGCCCUCCAGGGGUUGGCAAGACCAGCAUUGCCCGCUCCAUCGCUAGAGCCUUAAACCGAGAGUAUUUCCGCUUCAGUGUUGGAGGAAUGACUGAUGUGGCAGAAAUCAAAGGGCACAGGAGGACGUAUGUUGGAGCAAUGCCAGGGAAAAUAAUCCAGUGCCUAAAAAAGACCAAGACAGAAAACCCCCUGAUCCUGAUUGAUGAGGUGGAUAAAAUUGGGCGAGGCUAUCAAGGUGACCCAUCCUCAGCCCUUCUAGAGCUGCUGGACCCAGAACAGAACUCUAACUUCUUGGAUCAUUACCUUGAUGUUCCUGUAGAUUUAUCAAAGGUGCUCUUUAUUUGUACUGCCAAUGUGACAGACACCAUCCCAGAGCCGCUGCGGGACAGAAUGGAAAUGAUCAAUGUGUCAGGAUAUGUCGCACAAGAGAAACUUGCAAUUGCAGAGAGGUACUUGGUCCCUCAAGCACGUGUCCUGAGUGGUUUGGAUGAAAACAAGACCAAGAUCUCAUCAGAUGUGCUGACUGUUCUCAUCAAGCAGUACUGCAGGGAGAGUGGAGUGAGGAACCUGCAGAAGCAGGUGGAGAAGGUAUUAAGGAAAUCUGCCUAUAAGAUUGUCAGUGGAGAAGCAGAAACAGUUGAGGUAACCCCUGAAAACUUGCAGGACUUUGUUGGCAAGCCCAUCUUCACUGUGGAUCGGAUGUAUGACCUCACUCCUCCUGGAGUGGUGAUGGGCCUGGCCUGGACAGCUAUGGGAGGUUCCACUCUAUUUAUUGAAACAUCCCUGCGGCGACCCAAAGACAAGGAAAACAAGGAUGGGUCCCUUGAAAUAACAGGACAACUGGGAGAUGUGAUGAAAGAGAGUGCCAAAAUAGCUUACACAUUUGCACGAGCUUUCCUGAUGCAGAAGGAACCCACAAUUGACUUUCUGGUGACCUCCCACAUCCAUUUGCACGUGCCAGAGGGAGCAACUCCAAAGGAUGGACCAAGCGCAGGAUGUACCAUAGUAACGGCCUUACUGUCAUUGGCCAUGAAUCGUCCAGUGAGGCAAAACAUGGCCAUGACUGGUGAGGUGUCAUUAACUGGAAAGAUUCUUCCUGUUGGUGGAAUCAAGGAGAAGACUAUUGCAGCCAAGCGAGCUGGUGUUACCUGUAUAAUUCUCCCAUCAGAGAACAAGAAGGAUUACUAUGACCUUGCUGACUUCAUUACAGAAGGACUAGAAGUGCAUUUUGUUGAGCACUACAACAAAAUAUUUGACAUAGUGUUUCCAGAACUUGAUACCCCUGGAGGAUGACUGACAUGAACCGUUUGUACUGAGAAGGGGUCUGUCCCUGACUGCUCUACACUACCCCAAAAGCAAGAUGUUCUGGAGCAUAAAUAUUGCUGCUGCGCAGCCACUGAAAUUGAUUAUGGCUUAAUUUACUACUGCCUUGGCAUUUCCCACUUAGGUUUACAGAUUUGAAUUAUGACCUGAUUAAAAUAUUUCUAGUAAGA